AUGAGUGGGGUUGUGGGCGCAGCCUCGCCUUCGGCACUGCCUCAUGCUUCACUCGCCAAUGACCAUGGUCCUCUCCAUCUUGCCGUGGUAGUCACACUGGUAUUGAUCGCGCUCUUGGUCUACUCACUUAGGGUGUAUACACGAGCGAGGCUGUUUCACGCAUUUGACUUUGAUGAUGCACUCAUGUCUCUGGCUGCCCUAUGUGUAGUCGGUGUAUUUAUUACAUUUACUGGAGUAGUAGAGCUGGGUCUCGGACUGAAGGGUGGAAACGCCACGUCGGCCAGUAAGAGUACGCAGAUGGGUCCAUGGAUAUGGGCAUUGCAGUCUGUCCACAUCUUUGGGCUUGGACUGGUCAAGUUGUCGGCUGCUUUCAAGCUCUUACCAGCCUCCAACUUCAGAUCCCACCCUUAUGCACACGUCAUUCGCGGAGUCUUAAUCAUUGGGCUCAUCUUCCUCGUUUUUUGGCACACGCUUGAAUGGUUCAUCUCGAUUCUCGUUUACUGUAUCCCUCUGGUGGCAGCUUGGGAUCUGGCGUACGGCGAGGAUGCUAGAUGCAUGUCGUCAAGCGAAUCGCAGCACUGGGCCAUGGCGAAUCAUUCAAUCAAUGCCAUUACUAGUCAUUUAAUAUCGUUGCUCGCGUUCUCUGCUGCCAUCAGCUAUUCAUUCAAAAUUGGCGUCAAACUGUACCUUGUGGUAAUAGCUGCAAUGGCACUUUUUUCAUGUGCAAUCUCCAUUGUCCGAAGCCGAAUGGUUGCCACUUCCUGGGCUCAGAUAGGAGAUCGUGGCAAAUACGACUUGUCACUUAUGACCUGGGGCGCUAUUGAACUACUUAUAGCCAUGAUAGCAGUAAAUCUUGGAGCAUUGCUACCGCUUCGCAGAGCCUUUCAGACACCAAGUGCCUCCGAGGCUCCCCGCGCGGUUCCUAAAAUAUCGGGCCCCGUAGCCGGCAGCGCUGUUCAUGUUUCCCACGGCGAUGUCGAUUCCAUCUUCAGUAUUGACCCGACUGCCAAUAACGACAAAUCUCAAUCUCGACCGAAUAAACGCUACUCCACUCAAACCAUUAUGUAUCGCCCAAACACUGCCUAUUUCCCAGCAGGCUACGACGAAAGUGGUAUUACGCGCUUCCACGACGAUGAAUCAAACCUCGACUUCGACAUCGAAUCCCCAUCAACCCGAUCGAAACGCAAACUUACCAAACCGUUUCCGCUUUCGCGCUUCUCGGGUUCGACUACGUUUACGCACGACACACGCCGAACAAGUGAUUGGUCGCAGUUUAGCGGGUUCACAUACUACUCGCACAACUCUUUGCAUGAUUUUGGGAACACAAAGGAGAACACAGGGGAGACGGUGAUCAGCGCAACAGAGCUGGAUGAUAUCUCUAGAAGUUUUGGAGUUUGGCACGAGGUCGACCAGAGGGAGGAGAUUCAUGUUGUUUCGGAGAACGACGAGGAGGAGAGACAGCAUAGGCGAUUUCCCACCAUCUUCUUGGAAGACGACUCGAAGUAUGUGUACAGUCAAAGAGUCUGA